AACCGGCGGAAAGGAACAGUUCUCGGUGUCUCGUUCCUGAUCUUGGGGGUUUACCUGCCCACGCCACACUAUGGCAUCGUCAGAGCUAAAAGUCAUCAUUGUCGGAGGGUCCAUCGCGGGACUGACGCUGGCUCACUUCCUUGAGCGCGCUGGAAUCAAAUAUGUGGUUCUCGAGAAAGGCAGCAAUCCUGCCCCCCAAGUGGGUGCCUCGAUUGGUAUCUUGCCCAAUGGGGCGCGGAUCUUGGACCAGCUUCAGCUAUACGACGAGGUGGAAUCGCAUAUUGAGCCUCUGGAGACCGCCACUAUGUGUUAUCCGGACGGGUUCACCUUUCAUAGCUCGUACCCCAAGCUCAUACACCAGAGGUUUGGAUACCCAAUUAUGUUCCUAGACCGACAGAAGCUUCUGGAGAUUUUGUACACUCGACUCCCCAAUCCGGGGAAUAUCCACCUCAACCGCCGCGUCACCGGGGUUGAAAGCUUCCCGGGUGGAGCGACGGUGACAACGGCGGAUGGGACACGAUAUACCGGCCACCUGGUGCUCGGCGCCGAUGGCGUUCACAGCCCCGUACGCGCCGAGAUUUGGAAAGCAGACCGAAAGGGGAUUGGGUUGAAAGAGAAAACAGACAUGGCAGUGGAAUACCGUUGUCUCUUUGGAAUCUCAUCUCCCAUCCAAGGAUUGGAAGUGGGAAACCAGAUCAACGCCUUUUUCGACCAUGCCACGAUAGUGACUAUCCACGGGAGAAACGGCCGUUUUUACUGGUUCCUGAUCGAGAAACUCGCUCGUCGGUAUGUCUACCCAGAUGUUCCUCGCUUCACAGAAAAAGACGUGGCGUCCGUGGCCAAUCAAUACCGAGAGCGCCGGUUCUACCAAGACAUCACGUUUGGUCAGGUCUGGGACGCGCGAGAAACCGUCUCCAUGACCGCGCUGGAGGAGAAUGUCUUUUCAACCUGGCAUCACGGACGCAUGGCGCUUCUAGGGGACAGUGUUCACAAGAUGACACCGAAUAUCGGCCAGGGAGCAAAUAUGGCGAUCGAAGACGCCGCCGUCAUCACCAAUCUCCUGAUCAACUGCACGAGAGCAACGCAGAAACCCCCCACCGACUCGCAAGUCGAGUCCAUUUUCGAUCAGUAUCGUCGAAUCCGCUACGACCGGGUUCGGACCGUCUACCAGACCUCUCGAUUUCUGGUCCGCUUCCAGGCUCGGGAUGGCUUCUUCAACACCCUCUUUGGGCGCUAUUUUGUUCCCUACGCAGGCGACCUGCCCGCGGACAUGGCCUCCAAGACCAUCGCGGCCGGCGAGGUUUGCCAGUUCCUCCCAGUCCCAGCACGCGGUGGGCACGGAUGGCAUAUCUAUCAACCCAGGGGAUGGUCUUACCGGCAACUAGUUCCUCUGGCGUUGCUUUUGGUUUCUGUUCUUUCCAUGGUGGUCUUGCAUAGUGGGGUUUAUAGAUGUAUCUGGACGCUUUGGGAGGUGUAGAAUAGGCCAUUGAAGGUGAC